AUGACCGGGAAAAAGAAAAAGGAGGAUAGCGAAUCGUUAUAUAAUUUGAAGAACAGACACGUAUACAACCCAGAUUUUAAAUAUUUGGGUGUUGAUCGAAAAGCUCUGCUAAAAGAAUUAGCCAGUUUUGAUAGCAAAAAUGUUAUAUGGGUUGAAGAUGAGAAAGAAGGUUAUGUUUUGGCUGAUAUCAAAGAAACUAGUGGAGAUACAAUUACUGUAUCAUUGAAAGAUGGAAGUGAGAAGAAAGUUAAGAAAGAUGAUGCUCAACAAGUGAAUCCACCGAAAUUCUUCUUAAUUGAAGAUAUGGCUAACUUAACCUUUUUGAAUGAUGCAUCUGUAUUGGAGAAUUUACGCGCCCGUUACUACAGACAACUGAUUUAUACUUAUUCAGGACUUUUCUGCGUAGCAGUUAAUCCGUAUAAACGUUUCCCAAUUUACACUCAACAAGUUGCCUUGAAAUAUAAGGGAAAGCGAAGAGGUGAAAUGCCACCGCAUAUCUUUUCAAUUUCUGAUAAUGCCUAUCACAAUAUGUUGCAAGAUCGUGAAAAUCAAUCCAUUUUAAUUACUGGAGAAAGUGGUGCCGGGAAGACAGAGAACACGAAAAAAGUCAUUUCUUACUUUGCUGUUGUUGCAGCUACUUCAAAGAAAGAAGACGACGAGAGUAGUAAAAAGGGAACACUCGAAGAUCAAAUUGUACAAGCUAAUCCAGUUCUAGAAGCCUAUGGUAAUGCUAAGACAACAAGAAAUAAUAAUUCAUCACGAUUCGGAAAAUUCAUUCGUAUUCACUUCGGUACAACGGGUAAAAUUGCUGGUGCUGAUAUUGAACAUUAUCUACUUGAAAAAUCACGUGUUGUAUCUCAAAUGAAAGGAGAACGUAAUUAUCAUAUUUUCUAUCAAUUAUUAUCAAGUUAUGGUGCAAAAUAUCAUGACAAACUGUUGGUUCAAGCUGAUCCAGCUUUAUACAGUUUCAUUAAUCAAGGUGAAUUGACUAUUGACGGAGUAGAUGACAGCGAAGAAAUGAAAUUGUGCGAUGAAGCUUUUGAAGUUUUAGGCUUUGCUGAUGAUGAAAAAUUAUCAUUAUUCAAAUGUACAACAUCAAUUUGUAAUAUGGGUGAAAUGAAAUUUAAACAACGUCCAAGAGAAGAACAAGCUGAAGCAGAUGGAACUGCUGAAGCGGAAAAAGUUGCUUUUCUCUUAGGUGUUAAUGCUAAAGACUUGAUGACAUCAUUUUUAAAACCAAAAGUUAAAGUUGGUACAGAAUUUGUAACUAAAGGACAAAAUUUAAAUCAAGUCACAUAUGCAGUUAGCGCUUUAGCUAAAUCACUCUACAAUCGUAUGUUCGGUUGGUUAGUUGCUCGUGUCAACAAAACUUUGGAUACAAAAGUUAAACGUCAAUUUUUCAUUGGUGUACUGGAUAUUGCAGGUUUCGAAAUUUUCACUGAAAAUGGUUUUGAACAAAUCUGUAUCAAUUAUACUAAUGAACGCUUACAACAAUUCUUUAAUCAUCACAUGUUUGUAUUGGAACAAGAAGAAUAUAAACGUGAAAAGAUUCAAUGGACAUUUAUUGAUUUCGGUAUGGAUUUACAAGCUUGUAUCGAUUUAAUUGAAAAGCCUAUGGGUAUUUUAUCAAUUCUCGAAGAAGAGUGUAUUGUACCAAAGGCUUCAGAUCAAACCUUCUUGUCAAAAUUAUACGAUAAUCAUUUAGGCAAAAGUCCAAAUUUCACUAAACCAAAACCACCGAAACCUGGUCAUACAGAAGCUCAUUUUGAAUUACAUCAUUAUGCUGGAUCUGUGCCAUAUACUAUCACUGGUUGGCUUGAAAAGAAUAAAGAUCCACUUAAUGACAGUGUAGUUGCACUAUUAGGUGGCAGUAAAGAUGCUGUUGUGUCGAAUCUAUUCACUCCUGUUGUCGACGAAGGUGGAAAACGUAAAAAAGGCGGUGCUAUGCAGACAAUAUCUGCUCUACACAGAGAAUCACUGAAUAAAUUGAUGAAAAAUCUACAAAGUACCAGUCCAUCAUUUAUUCGUUGUAUUGUCCCGAAUGAAUUUAAACAACCGGGUGUCAUUGAUGCUCACUUGGUUCUUCAUCAGUUGCACUGUAACGGUGUGCUUGAAGGUAUUCGUAUUUGUCGUAAAGGUUUCCCGAAUCGUAUGAUUUACUCUGAAUUUAAACAACGAUACUCAAUUCUGGCGCCAAAUGUUAUCCCUGAAGGAUUUGUUGAUGGUCGUCAAGUUACUGAGAAACUGUUGGAAGCCACACAAUUAGAUAAAAGUCUUUACCAGUGUGGUAAUACAAAAGUUUUCUUCAAAGCUGGUACAUUAGCCAGUCUAGAAGAUAUGCGUGAUGACAAGUUGAAUGGUAUAAUCAGUUUAUUCCAAGCUGAAAUUCGUGGUUAUUUAAUGAGGAAACAAUAUAAGAAAUUACAAGAUCAACGUGUCGCUCUUACUCUGAUGCAACGUAAUAUACGUAAAUAUUUAGUGUUACGUAAUUGGCCAUGGUGGAGAUUGUACACAAAAGUCAAGCCAAUGUUAAAUAUUGCCCGUCAAGAAGAAGAAAUGAAAAAAGCUGCUGAAGAAUUAGCUAAAUUAAAAGAAGAAUUUGAAAAAUUAGAAAAAUUGAAAAAAGAAUUAGAAGAACAAAAUGUCACUGUUUUACAACAGAAAAAUGAUCUUUUCCUACAAUUACAAACAGAACAAGACAGUCUAGCAGAUGCAGAGGAGAAAAUCUCUAAAUUAGUCCUACAACGUGGUGAUAUGGAACAAAGAAUUAAAGAAUUAGAAGAACGUUUAGCUGAUGAAGAAGAUCAAGCCGCUAAUUUAACUGAAGUGAAAAAGAAAAUGAGCGCUGAAAUUGAAGAAUUGAAAAAAGAUGUUGAAGAUUUAGAAUCAUCUUUACAAAAAGCUGAACAAGAAAAACAAACUAAAGAUAAUCAAAUACGUACAUUACAAGCAGAAAUGGCACAACAAGAUGAAACAAUUGGAAAGUUAAAUAAAGAUAAAAAGAAUUUAGAAGAACAAAAUAAACGUACACAAGAAGCAUUACAAGCUGAAGAAGAUAAAGUUAAUCAUUUGAAUAAGUUGAAAGCUAAACUUGAAUCAACUUUAGAUGAAAUGGAAGAGAAUCUGGCUCGUGAACAAAAAGUUAGAGGUGAUGUUGAAAAGGCUAAACGUAAACUCGAAGGAGAUUUAAAAGCUACACAAGAAACAGUUGAUGAUCUUGAACGUGUUAAACGUGAUUUAGAAGAACAAUUACGUCGUAAAGAUGCUGAAAUUGGUGGAUUGAGCGGUAAAUUUGAAGAUGAACAAGGUUUAGUCGCCCAGUUACAACGAAAGAUUAAAGAACUUCAAACACGUAUUCAAGAAUUAGAAGAAGACUUGGAAGCUGAACGUGCAGCUAGGUCUAAAGCAGAGAAAGGUCGACAACAGCUUGAAAGUGAACUGGAAGAGGUUGUUGAUCGAUUGGAAGAACAAGAUGGUGUUACAGCUGCUCAAACUGAUUUAACAAAGAAACGUGAAGCUGAACUUAUGAAACUGAAACGUGAUCUAGAAGAAACUCGUUUACAAAAUGAACAAGCUAUUGCAGCAAUGCGUAAAAAACAAAAUGAUGCUGUUAGUGAAAUUGCUGAUCAGCUAGAUCAAGCUAAUAAAGCUAAAGCCAAAGCUGAAAAGGAGCGCAGUCAAUUUAAAGCUGAACUGGAUGAUGCACAUAAUCAAAUGGAUGGUAUAAUGAAGGGCAAGUUAAACGCUGAAAAGACUGUUAAAGCUUUGGAAGCACAAUUACAAGAAGUUUCAGCUAAAUUAGAUGAAGCUAAUCGCAACUUAAAUGAACAAAGCUCGAGUAAAUCACGUACUAGUCAAGAAGUCUCUGAAUUACAACGUCAAUUAGAAGAAGCUGAAUCCCAAUUGAGUCAAUUAGGCAAAAUUAAACAACAGCUUAGCUCACAACUAGAAGAAGCACGUCAUAGUUUGGAAGAUGAAAGCCGAAUGAAAGCUAAACUGAACGGUGAAGUACGUAACUUGAACAGUGAUUUAGACUCAUUGCGUGAAACACUUGAAGAAGAACAAUCAGCUAAAGCUGAUUUACAACGUCAAUUGCAAAAAAUGCAAGGCGAAUUACAACAAUUACGUGCUCGUGGUGGUGGUGGUGAUGUACGCUCUGAAGAACUUGAAGAAUUGAAACGUAAAAUGAAUGCUAAAAUACAAGAAUUAGAAUCUGAAGCUGAAUCUGCCAAAUCAAAAUGUAGUCAACUAGAAAAGACUAAAGCACGUCUACAAGGUGAACUGGAAGAUUUAAUGGUUGAUGUUGAGCGAGCCAAUGGUUUAGCUAGCCAACUUGAACGUAAACAAAAUAACUUUAAUCGUACAUUAGCUGAAUGGCAAAAGAAAUAUGCUGAUUCACAAGCUGAAUUAGAAAAUGCUCAACGUGAUGCUCGUGGUCAAUCAACAGAAAUCUUCCGAUUGAAAGCACAACUUGAAGAAGUUCAUGAACAAAUGGAAGGACUUCGUAGAGAAAAUAAAAACUUAAGUGAUGAAAUUCAUGAUCUUACGGAACAAUUGGGUGAAGGUGGACGUUCAGUACAUGAAAUCGAUAAGACUAGAAGACGACUUGAAAUGGAGAAGGAAGAACUUCAAGCAGCUUUAGAAGAAGCUGAAAGUGCUCUUGAACAAGAAGAAGCUAAAGUGCAACGUGCUCAACUUGAAAUGAGUCAGUUACGUCAAGAAAUUGAUAGACGUCUAGCUGAGAAAGAAGAAGAAUUUGAAGCAACACGUAAAAAUCAUCAAAGAGCUAUGGAAUCACAACAGGCUAGUUUAGAAGCUGAGGCUAAGGGUAAAGCUGAAGCAAUGAGAGUUAAGAAAAAACUUGAACAAGAUAUAAAUGAAUUAGAAGUCAGCUUAGACGGUGCUAAUCGUGCUAGAGCUGAACAAGAGAAAAAUGUUAAGAAAUUCCAACAACAAGUACGUGAAUUACAAACUCAAUUAGAAGAUGAACAACGUCAACGUGAUGAUAUACGUGAACAAUUCCAAGCAGCUGAUCGUCGUGCAACUGUACUAGCCGGUGAAUUAGAUGAAUUACGUAUUGCAUUAGAUCAAGCAGAACGUAGUAGAAAAAUUGCUGAAUCUGAAAGAGCUGAAGCAUCUGAUCGUGCUACAGAAAUGUCUACACAAACAGCAUCACUUGCUGCACAGAAACGUAAACUUGAAGCUGAUUUAGCUGCUAUGCAAGCUGAUCUUGAAGAAGCCGCUAAUGAAGCUAAACAAGCUGAUGAAAGGGCGAAGAAAGCAAUGGCUGAUAGUGCACGUGUAUUUGAAGAAAUUCGUCAAGAACAAGAGCAUACACAACAUGUUGAAAAGGCUAGAAAACAACUUGAAAUACAAGUGAAAGAACUUAUGGCUCGUUUAGAAGACAGUGAAUCAGGUGCAAUGAAAAAUGGUCGUAAAGCAAUGGGUAAAUUAGAACAACGUGUACGUGAAUUGGAGACUGAAUUAGAAGCUGAACAACGUAGACAUGGUGAAACACAAAAGAAUUUACGCAAAGUUGAUAGACGAAUGAAAGAAAUUAGUUUACAAGCUGAAGAAGAUAAAAAGAGUCAUGAUCGUAUGCAAGAAUUAGUUGAAAAGUUACAGGGUAAAAUUAAAACGUAUAAACGACAAGUUGAAGAAGCUGAAGAAAUUGCUGCUAUCAAUUUGGCUAAAUAUCGUAAAAUACAACAUGAAAUUGAAGAUGCUGAAGAACGUGCUGAUCAAGCUGAACAAGCCUUACAAAAGUUGAGAGCUAAAAAUCGUUCAUCUGUUUCAACAGCUCGUGGUGUUAGUGCUGCACCAGCUGGAGCACCUGCUCAUGGAAAUCGUUCUCGUAAGCCAACUGCUAGUCUAGCACCUGAAGAAGAAUAA